AUGAUAGUACUUACUCCUCUUCCCAUCGCGCCCCAACUCUCGUGUGACCGACAAUUUGCGUUCCGUUCCAACCAAGACGCUGACGAUGCCUUUUUGGAGCGGCCUUGGUCGUUCGGCUACGAAGACAAGUGGGAUGCUUUCAUGAGAAGGGCUUCCCACGAGUUUGCCGCUAAGGUCCCGUACAUGGUCGUGCCCGGAAACCACGAGGCUGAGUGCCACAGCCCCGCGUGCCUCUCCUCUCCGCGGAGACUCAACGUGAGUUGUAUGCCCGUCACCUUGCGCGCGCCUGCACACACGUGCACGCUCGCCUGCCGAAGAACAUGUUGUUCGUGCGACCGUGUGGUGUACGGUUUUCGAUCAUCAGCUUGGUGUUGGUGUCCGAAUGCCAUGCUUUUUUUUCGGGUAAUGUAG